GGCAUGUUCUGUAUAUAAUAAUGUAAUGUGUUUCGCACUACUUUUCUCAUUUUUGGUCCCAUUUCAUUGUUAUGCGCAUUUAUGUUUAAAGUUUCCUAAUUUGGAACCGCUCAAUUACUGCAAAGAAAAAUAUAUAAGAAGAAAAUAAAUUAGUGUUUACAAAUGCAAAUUUAGAAUUACUUUCUAUCAGAGAUGACUUCACUUCUGUAUUUCAUUAAUUGUCAGAAAUAUAUAGAUUUCUAUAAAAAGAAUCAUGAAAAAAGAAUAAAUUUAUUCGUAAUCUUAAACGAUCCCGCUAUAUCGAAUCCAUACUUCGAAGAUUUAACAAAAUUAGAACUCAUACUAGAGGAUGUUAAUAUUCAAGAUAAUUCUGAAAUUUUAAAUGACAUUAAGAAGAUUAUAGUUCCUUGGGAGCAGUAUAAAUAUAAAUUCAAAGAAUUAAUCAUAGUUCUCUACAAAGUAUUAAACCUGCACUUUAUCAUCCAAGACUGUACUGAAAGCGACGUGGCGCUAAUGAAAGUUUCAAAUGAUAUAUAUAUUCGUAUUUUGAAUAAAGAACUAGAGAAAGAAUUUAAGGAUCCGGAAAAAGUCAGUGAGGCAUUUAACUUUAAAAGGUAUACAUUAGAUAUGAAAACACUAACUGUUAAAUGGGAAAUUAAUAAAAAACUCACCAGUAUGAAGUCAAAUAUUUCCAGUAGAUCAUCACUAUCCACCACAAAUAAAAGAGCUAGUUUUAAUGAUACGGCUCAAAAAUAUGAUGUAAAUAACUUAUUUUUCAAUAAAUAUGGUUAUUUUUACCCUCAGUCGAAGUUUGAUUUACGGUAUACUAGUUUUAUGGAGUCUAAUUUAGAAUUGAUGAAUAUUCGGCCUUGUACAAUUCCUCAUACUCCUUAUUCCAGUAUUGAUACUGUUUCUGUUGAAAAAGAAAUCCACAUUGAGAUGGUACUAUUGUCUUUAUUAAAAGUUGCGGGAAAAUUAUUUACCAGCCACGGGAUUGAAUUUAAAAACCAAACAACAUUGAAACUAUCAACAGAUGAAGAUUCAAUCAUGAAAGGAAUUCCAAAUAUAGUCAUUUCUUUGAAAGGUGAUGUAAAUAUUCCUUUGGAAAUAAAACAACAAGAUGUAAAAAAGAUAUAUGAAUCUUUUGUUAUUUCAAGUCAAAAAAAUAAUCAUGGAAGUCGAGAAUUUGUGGAAUUAUUUUCUCAAGGGUUGUAUGAAUCUAUUUUAUGUAGAAGCAAUUGCUUCUUGAUUACGGAUUCGCUCUAUUGUAUAGGAGUGGUAAUAGAAUCCUAUCCAUUACCUUCAUUUGAUAUUUCCAAUUUACAUGGAAUACCAUGUAAAAUAAUAGUUUUUGAUUCUAAAAAUGAGAUUUUGUCCCUCCCUCUCUUUAUAAUUUUAUUCGUAUUGAAAUACUCUAAGAGGUUGGAAGAAUCUAAAAAGGAUGAUUUUCUAAGUUCUUUAGUUUUAACAGAUGAUCAAAUAUCUUAUUCACGGCUGAAAAGAUAUAAGUUAUUGAGUACAUUCCAGAAAUUACUUUUAAAUGUACCAGAUAAUGUUGAUUUAAACGUACGGCAAACGGAUUUGAUGACACUGGCCAGGAGCAGAGAUUCUGCUAAUCAAAUGCUUGAUAAUAAACAAGAGAAUAGUGUUGAUGGCGAAGAAACUGGUGUUUCUGACACGGAGAUGGAUACUAUAGAUGAUUUUAUUGACGCAUAUGCUGGACGAAGUCCUGGUGAAACUAAUGAUAACGACGAUGAGGAUAUAGAAGAUGUGACCUCCCCCAACAGCUCUUCAAUUAGAUUUCCAGAUGAUAGUUUGUCAGCAAUCCAUGCAGUAGAAGAGAGAAUAUUUUCGAAAUUGGACAUUGAAGUUUCUCUUAACAAUUAUUGCAUAUUAAUCAAUUCUAUGAACUUUGCAGUCAUAGAUUAUAGUGAAUUAAACAUUCACUCUAUAAUUAGUGGUGCUUAUCCACAAAGGAACUAUUCUAUUAUCGUUAAAGAUCAAUUUCAAGUAAUUAAAAUUUUCGACCCGAUUAGAUGUCGGGUCGAUGUGACAGGAAACUUUAUUUCUUUUCAAGAUCGGUUGAAGUACACAUUUAAAUGCUUUGUUCGUGAAGCAUUGGUUCACAAUUAUUUGAAUGAUACUUUCCAAUCUAAACCAAGAUGUUAUGGGGUUGGUUUAUUAAUAAAUGAAAAUUCAGAUGUGGCCCCUCAAAAUAUAAAUUCAACUGCCGGAUUUUUCAUAAGGAUGGAAUAUUGUCAAGGUUUGCCGCUUGAUAAAUUAAAUUGGAAUAAGCAAAUGAAAACUGAGUUGUGGACUAUUAUCAAUCGUCUCCAUGAGCUUGGGGCUAGUCAUGGAGACAUUCAUGCUUCAAACUUUCUUUAUGAUACAGACAACAAUUCAAUGGUUAUAUUGGAUUUCGGUCGUCUGUAUCAAGCUUACCUAAGAGGUAAUGCAGGGAAUCAAAAGAAAGGGAUGGAUAUUAGUGAACUCAACAAAAGAAUUGAAUUUGAUAAUUGUAACACUGAGUUGAUGAUAUGUAAGUUGAUUCAUUUGACUCGUAGUCAUCGAUAGGUAAUAUGAAAAAUAUGAAUAUUAAUUUAGUUUUAAAAGUACAUAUUAAAUAUAUUCAAUUGUAUCAACUAGUAAUGUUUAUAUUAAAUGCAACUAUUAUUGAAUCAACCUUAAAUCAUUCUGAACUAGCCACUCCAAAUGAAAAAUAACAAUCCUUGGUACUAAAUGAUUUAGUAAUAGCUGCUACUGCUUACUUUGACGUUUGACAAGAGCCUCCAGGGUGAUAAUAUUUGACUUUAUAUUUGGUAGAUUUGUGCUACCAAUCACCUGAU